AUGGUCACUACAACUUAUACCACUUGGGAUGUAGUUAAAAUUAUACAGGAGUAUUCAAGAGAUAAUAUAGAUACACAAGAAUUAAAAAGUAAAAUUAAUGGGCUUGGUAUGUGGGAAAUUGGAUGCUCAUAUGAUUUUACAUUUUUAAUGAAGAAUCAAGUCAAUUGUCAGUUAAUAGAAUUUUUAAGGUACUUUAAAAUAACUGAAGAAAAAUUGUUAUAUAAAGUGCUGAAGCAAAUAACCGGAAGAGUUUUAUUAGAAUUCAAAGUGCUUAUUUGGAAACCAAGGAACGAGUUACAAAUAAAGGAAGAAAAGCGAUGCAGUAUUAGCAGUAAAGAUAAAAAAGCUAAGUCACAUAGUAAACGCACUGAAAUAGGUGUCAAAGAUGUUGACUGUAAUAUAUUAGAAAGUAAUUGGAAUAAAUGGAAUAAUUUGGCAUUCCAUCGUGGUGGUCAUUGGGUAAAUUUUUAGGUAGAUCAUGACAGUCACCUUUGAAUUUGAGGUCGCAUCCUGGUUUUUAACAAUGAUAUGAUCGUUUAGGUGACAGGUCGACUUGUUCUUUAUGAAAAGUAGUCGUGUUUCAUAAUGCUUAAUUCUUAUAUAUAUUUG